UCGCUUCUAAACCCUCCAGAUUUCUCCAAAGCUUCAGACUGGCCGAAGCUCUCUGCUGACUGCACUGCUUUGCCACCCAGUCCCUGAGGGUUGCUAGCACCAUGAGGGCUUGGAUUUUCUUCCUCCUCUGCCUGGCAGGCACGGCAUUAGCGGCACCUCAGCAGCAAGAGGCGCUUCCUGAGGAGGCUGAAGUCGUAGAGGAGCCCGUUGCUGAGGUGACCGAGGAGCCUGUGGGUGCUAACCCUGUCCAGGUUGAGGUUGGAGAGUUUGAUGAGCCUGCCGAGGAGACCGAGGAGGUUGUAGCUGAAAAUCCCUGCCAAAACCACCACUGCAAACAUGGCAAGGUCUGCGAGCUGGAUGAGAACAACACUCCCAUGUGCGUGUGCCAGGACCCUACCAGCUGCCCUGCCCCCGUAGGAGAGUUUGAGAAGGUUUGCAGCAAUGACAACAAGACUUUCGACUCCUCCUGCCACUUCUUUGCCACCAAAUGUACCCUGGAGGGAACCAAGAAGGGGCACAAACUCCACCUGGACUACAUUGGACCCUGCAAAUACAUUGCCCCAUGCCUGGACUCUGAGCUGAGUGAGUUUCCCCUGCGCAUGCGUGACUGGCUGAAGAAUGUACUGGUCACCCUCUAUGAGCGCGAUGAAGAUAACAACUUGCUGACUGAGAAGCAGAAACUCAAGGUGAAAAAGAUCCAUGAGAAUGAGAAGCGUCUGGAAGCCGGAGACCACCCUGUGGAGCUGCUGGCCCGGGACUUUGAGAAGAACUACCAGAUGUACAUCUUCCCCGUGCACUGGCAGUUUGGCCAGCUGGACCAGCACCCCAUUGAUGGGUACCUUUCCCACACUGAACUGGCCCCACUUCGGGCUCCUCUGAUUCCCAUGGAGCACUGCACCACUCGCUUCUUUGAAACCUGUGACCUGGACAAUGAUAAGUACAUUGCCCUGGAUGAAUGGGCUGGCUGUUUUGGCAUCAAAUAUCAGGAUAUCGACAAGGACCUGGUGAUCUAAGCCAGACGCCUCCUUCCCGGUGGUCCACCUUUUCCUCCCUUACCUCCCAACUUCCCAUUUUCCUUUUAUAAUUCAUGUGUGUGGUUGGUUUGUUCUUUCUCCCUGGGGAUGAGGUGCUAAUAUAGAUCUAAGUUGUGUGUAUUAACGGUGCUAAAAACCAAACGGAAAAUGAAACCGUGACCUUUCUGGUUGUCUAAAACUACCCUACCUGAGGGCCGCUCACUCACUCAGUCACUUCUGCUAGUCGUCUUCUUCUUCUUCUUCUGUUUUCCGCAGCAAUGCUUACUGAUUCCACGGUAUAUGGGGAGCCACUCAAAUCCACUUUGACCCAUCCCACACAGCGGCCCUCCUUUUUGGUUCAGAUCCACACUCUCAUUUUUAAAAUUGAAUAAUUCACAGUCAGUUUUUGCAGCUCUUAUGUCUGGGGCAUCAGCCCUCUGCCGGGCUGGGGAGAGGAAGGAGACAAGCAAAGGAUGUUGGAAAGGGUGGUGAAUUUAAGAAAGUAGUGGAAUGGUCCUGGGUGAAGAUUUCCUGGGGUCUUCCCCAGAGAAGGAGAAAUCAGUGUAAAGGAAAACUAAAAAAAUCCAGAAGCACUUCAAUUGAGCAAUAAUUUGACAAAACAAAGGAAGAGAAAAAGAAAGUCAAAGAAAAGCAGACUGUAAAGUCAGAAACCAUCAAGGACACCCAGGUCCUUCCUUCCCCUCAGCCCACAAAGAAAACAAACUAAAGAAAAUGCUCCCCCUGUUAUUUCUGUUCCAUUAUUCUAACAUUAGGCUAUUUCUGCUUCUGCUUACUAGGACCCCCGCUACUCCCUUAAGGCAAACGACCCCCUUGCUCUAGAAGCUUAUUUCUAUUCUUGUAUCUUUUAUCUUUAAAUUCUUGCCCCCCCUCAGGGAAGCCCCAAAUUUGUAUGUUGUUUCGGAUAAAGGACCAAAAAAAAAUUAUGCCAGUGGAUUUUUUGCUGUUCCACUGUUGUGGCUCAUCCCUCGAGGGGCUUCUCUAGCUUCUGUCUGUUCUCUGUGUGUGUAUGUGUGCGUGUGCGCGUGUGAGGAUGUGUGAUUUUUUUUUUUUUGUUUUGUUUUUAAUGAAGAUAAGAUCUUCACUGUGAAAGGGAUGUCAACUCUCUCCGGAGAUUGAGGACCCUUUCGCCUCCAGUGUUCCAUGUGCUGCUGCUUCUUACUAAUCGUAUACAGUCUUGCCACGGUGUGAGCAAUUUGACAAGUUUCAGAAUAAAAAGUGAUUACUUGGAAACCUGCA